AACAUUAGUCAGCUGCUAAAAAAAUCAAUAAACACUCCAUGGCAACGAAAAAGUGAAAAGUCGAAACUUUGCAAUUUUAACAGGUGCAAAAUUAUUCUUAAAUUCUUUUUUACGGUCAAUCUAAAAAUUCUUAAAGAAAAAUGCCGCAAGAGCCACCAAUAACUACAACUGAUUUGGAGGGAGAUGAAAUUGAAAAUGUACGCGUUGUCGUGCGUGUGCGACCAAUGGAGAAGUCCGAAUUGAAUUCAGGUGCAACUAAUGUUAUACAAGUGGACAAAAUCAAUCGGGCAAUCACAGCGGUGAAGCCAAACGCCCCCAAUGAGCCGCCCAAAACUUACUACUUCGACAAUGUUUUCAGUAGUGACUCAAAUCAACUCGAUUUGUAUGUGGACACGGCACGUCCAAUAGUUGAGAAGGUAUUGGAGGGUUAUAAUGGCACUAUCUUUGCUUAUGGACAAACGGGCACGGGUAAAACCUACACCAUGUCGGGUAAUCCCGAUUCACCGCAAACUAAGGGCAUCAUACCGAAUGCUUUUGCACACAUUUUCGGUCACAUAGCUAAAGCUAGAGAGAAUCAGAAAUUUUUGGUACGUGUUAGCUAUAUGGAAAUAUACAAUGAAGAAGUGCGCGAUUUAUUGGGAAAGGACGUCAGCAAGAGUCUUGAGGUGAAAGAACGUCCAGAUAUCGGGGUGUUUGUUAAAGAUCUAAGCGGUUAUGUAGUACAUAAUGCCGAUGAUUUAGAGAACAUAAUGCGUUUGGGUAAUAAAAAUCGCGUAGUGGGUGCAACAAAAAUGAAUCAGGAGUCGUCACGAUCGCAUGCCAUAUUCUCGAUUACGGUUGAAAGUAGUGAAUUGAGUCAGGGCGACAUGACGAAUGUUAAAAUGGGCAAACUGCAGCUGGUUGAUUUGGCUGGUUCCGAGCGACAGAGCAGAACACAGGCGAGUGGACAACGCUUAAAGGAGGCAACAAAAAUUAAUUUAUCAUUAUCUGUGUUGGGUAAUGUUAUAAGUGCACUGGUUGACGGUAAAAGUACACAUAUACCCUACCGCAACUCAAAACUAACACGUCUGCUGCAAGAUUCGUUAGGUGGCAAUUCAAAGACAGUGAUGUGCGCCACCAUAAGUCCCUCAGAUAUUAAUUACAUGGAAACUAUAUCCACUUUACGGUAUGCUAGUCGUGCCAAGAAUAUACAGAAUCGUAUGCGCGUUAAUGAAGAACCCAAAGAUGCACUAUUGCGUCAUUUCCAGGAGGAGAUUGCACGUUUGCGUAAACAGCUGGAGGAAAAUAGUCAUGAGGAUCAAAUUUCAGAAGAGGAGGAUGAAGACAUCGAUGACGAUGAAGCCGAUAUUGAAAUAGAAAUCGAGGAGACUCCUGUUGUAAAUGGCAAGAAAUCGAAGAAGCGCGAAAAAAGCGAUGCUGAAAAAGAGGAAAAAGAACGACGAGCGCGGGAACACCAACAAGAAAUUGAACAUGCUAAAUCUGAGCAAGAACAAUUGCGCUGCAAGUUAAUGUCACUGGAAGGCAAGAUUUUGGUUGGAGGUGAGAAUUUGUUAGAAAAGGCGCAAACGCAGGAGAAACUACUAGAGCAAUCACUCGCUGAAUUAGAAGAGCGUGAACAAGCGGAGAAGGCAUUACAGCAGACAUUACAACAAAAAGAAACUGAACGCAUAGAUAUUGAAGAACGUUACUCCUCACUACAGGAAGCAAGUACCGGCAGUACCAAGAAAAUUCAUCGAGUCAUGCAGAUGUUAAUGAGUGUUAAAUCCGAAUUGGCUGACCAACAGCAAGAACACCAACGUGAAAAGGAGGGUAUAUACGAGAAUAUAAGAAGCUUAUCACGCGAGUUGGCACUGUGUGAAUUAGUACUCAAUUCCUACAUACCUAAGGAAUAUCAGUCAAUGAUCAAUCAAUAUACUCACUGGAACGAGGACAUUGGUGAGUGGCAGCUCAAAUGUGUUGCUUACACCGGUAACAAUAUGCGUAAGCACAUCGCCGAGCCGCAAGAGGCAACCAACAAGCAGGAGUUUAUAGAUCUCUCGCAUGUUUAUCUCAGUUACAAUACCGAUGGCGUCACAAAUCCUGUACGUGCAAAGUCGGCGCGUCCACGCACCUCGGGAGUACCACGUCCAACCACCGCACGGCGUUACUGAAUUGAGCGCAGUAUUUAAUAAUCUACUUUCCACACACAUUUGUACAUUUUUUGUUCUUAUAUUUAAGUUGUGUUGUUUUUUGAUUAUUUUAGUUUUAAAUUUUGUUAUUUUUGCAUUUGUAACGACUCGAAUUCAGGUUAAAACUAAGCACACAAAAAUGCAUUUAUUUUGCACUCUUCUAUUGCGUUCCACAAUAUGUACUAAAACUACUUGGAUUUGUUGUUGUGUAAAACCAUUAAUUUACAAUUAAAAGUGAAAUAAAUAUUAAACAUCAAGAA